AUGAAGUGGGAUCACCUUGCAAUUCCAUAUGGCUUGCCAGAGAAGAACUGCACUGAAAGUGCAAAAGAUCUCUUUCUUCAUGGACAGGAUAUGGUUCGGACACACCUGCAGGUGCUCAAACUUGAAGAUGCCACUACAGAAACUGUAGCACUACUGCAAGGUUGGUACUUCUUGAAGCAGUGGAUCAUUCCGCUGGCCACUGGGGUGAAAGCUGCGAUCCUGUGGGCUGGAUUUUGGACGGAUGCCUCCGAUCCGGAAGGCCACAAGAGUCGAACCUCGAAAGAACGUCUCUUUGACUUCGCAGACCAAAUUGAGACCCAGACGGUACACCCCUCCACUCAGCUGGGGACGAUGGCAGAGGAUAACGGCAAUUUGGCCGAUUGCCAAGGUCUUAUAGCGAACGAGCUGAAGAGCAACAUGUGGAGUUUUUUCAGUUUCUCCUUUGUCUUCGGCAUGAUGAGAAAGAACCAGGACAUGGUCGUGGCCCUGGUGCACAAAGAAAUGGAUGGAGCACGGCCAUUGAGUGAGUCCAUCCUUUUCCAGUAUGAGGUACCAUCACUUGGCAUGGUUGCUUGGCGAGAGUAUUGGUCCCCACAUGUGGUGCUCAUCGACUUGUUGGGCACGUGCAAGCAAACAAGCCCGGCACUGCGGGCUCAAUUAUUCUCCAAUGUGCCUGCAGGGUACCGCGACACACUAAACCUUUUCGGGCUGAAGGAGAAUUGGACUGUGCAGGAGUACAGUCGGCGUUCCAGAUUGUCUUGGACCUGUUUGGAUUGUCCACAUUCCAGCUGCCAUUUGGACGAGCAUCUUGCAAGACAAGUGAAGCAGCUACUAGAGGCAGGGCGCGAGCAAGAUCAGAAGGAUACCAGGUUGAUCAAGGCUGCUAAAGAAGGCAAAGCCUCUGCGGUGGAGGAGCUAUUGAACACCGGAGCGCAAGCGAAUUGCCAGGAGCACGGUGGGGCAGACGACAAGGGUUUCAAGCAUGGUUACAAGGGUGACACACCUCUCCACUUCGCUGCGCGGGAAGGCUAUGAUGCCACUGCCCUGGUGCUGCUAAACCAUGGUGCCUCCGUAGAUGCCACAAACGAAAAACUCAAAACUCCGCUCCACCUUGCUGCGAAGCGGGGUCAUGCGGCUGUGGCGAAGAUCCUACUGGGGCACCAUGCUGAUGUGGAUGCCAAAGAUCAAAGCGGCCGCGCUCCGCUCCACCUCGCUGCCGAGUCUGGUGAUGUAGACAUGGCCAAGCUCUUGCUGAAGCACCACGCCAAGGUGGAUGUUGAGGAGCUUGAAUUUGGUUGGACUCCGCUACACUUCGCCGCAAAGGGUGAUCACCUGGCCAUGGCAGUGCUGCUGCUGGAAGCAAAUGCUAGCCUUCGAUUGAAAGACAAGAAUGGCGCUGAUGCACUCAGCGUGGCCACUGUAAACCUUGCUUGGGCCACACAAGCACUGCUUUUUGAGAUACAAGGUUCCCGGUUCCGCAUUGCUGGGAAGAUUGGUGAGGUGGCUGUGGCGGAGAUCCUGCUGAAACGCUACCCCAAUGCGCUCGACCUCGCUGCAAUGUCGGGUCAAGUGGCUGUGGCAAAGUUGCUGCUGAAGCACCGCGCCGAUGUGAAUAGCACGAUCAAUGGCUUGACUGCGCUCCACAGCGCUGCAAAGGAGAAUAAGGCAGACAUGGUGGAGCUGCUGUUGCAGCAUAAUGCCAAUGUGAACGCCCGGGAUUUCUCCGGCGAAACUCCGCUUCACCAAGCUGCAGGCUGCGGCGCGGGCGUUCGCUCCGCUGGAGCCAGCUCAAGGGUGGUGGAGGUGGAGCUCCUGCUGAAAGCAAAGGCCGAGGUGAACCCCAGGGACCAAAGUCACCAGACACCUCUUUCUUGUGCGAAAUCCACGGAGGUGGCCAAGGUGUGCUUUGCUGGCGUUGGUGCCGUUGCCGCUGUGAAGGCGGUCUCUGCAGGGCCUGAGCCUCUGGAGUUCUGGUGCCAACGGCGGAAAUUCCGCUUGCAACCGGGGCUCCAAGCGAAGGAUGAGGAGAGGAUCGCCCUUCAGAUGCUGGCGGAGGUGUCAGGACUCUCACUGGCGCAGCUGCGGAGCGUCCUAAAGAGCACCUGGUCGGGCCUGGAGCUGCACGUGGAGGCCCUUGCUCGCACGCCUGACAAAGAAAGAAGGCGCUUGGCUGAGCAAUUGGUGCAACAUGCAAGAGCUCAAGGGCUGCUGCCAGAGGCCGCGCGGGUCGACAAGCUGGUGCAGUCCUCGCGGCCCAGGCCGGAGACGCGUCGCACGUAUGGUGUCGACGUGGGCGGCGAUGCGCCACUUUACCUCGGGAUGGACGGCCUUCGCCUUGAAGAGCCGGAGGUCGAGCACGCGCUUUCACAACUCCGAGAGGAGGGGGUGGUGCUUCUGUCAGGCAACACCUGCCAUGCUGCUCACGCUGAGCUUCGCAAAGUCCUGCGCUUGCCGCCGUCCCACACACGUCCCGUGCGGGAGGUGCCGAGCGGCGAGGUGUGCUCCGCCUUGGGCUGCGCAGCACCUCAGGAGCCGUCGGCGGGCCGGAGACACUUCUUGCUGCGUGGGACGGCUCUGGCGGAGCAAGUGGCAGUGCCCAUGCUGGCCGCCCUCAUGCCUCUUUGCUACAGAUACUUCUCAGAACAGCGCCCAGAUGCCUCACCAGGCGCGCUGCGCCCGACGGCGACCGGCGAGACCGGCGAGACCGCCCUGCCGCGUGUCUUGGGCGUUCGAGUGGCUUGGGGUAAACUGGCCACUCGGCUUGGAAAGAGAAAGCGCACCAUGGAAAGUUCCGAGCUUCACUCAGCCUUUGAGAAAGCCUUGAAAAGGCAUCGGGAAGAGGUUUUUGCGCAUUUGAACAGUUGGUUGGAACGGCUUGACGUGACCUUGGAAGAGCGCUCUGGGUUGCCCUUCGGCUUCGGACUGGAGAAAGAUCUGCUGGAGGAGCUGAGCAAAGAAGCAGAGGUCACCGCCCAGGUCUCCGAGCACCGCUCCCAGCGCUCCGAGCCGCGCGGAGCCGGCGCCGACGUCUCCGCGACGGCGGAGGAGCCCUCGGAGCUCGAGGAGCCCAGCGCCCGCUCCGAGGAGCGCUCCGAGGACGUCGUCACGGCCGCCGCCUCGGCGGCCUCGGCCGCGCGGAGCCCCGGGCGCUCCAUCGCCUCGGACGCGCAACGGAAGCUGAACCGGAGCGGCAGCUAUGAAACGGCCAAGGCCGAGGAGACGCGACUGCUGUUUUCCUGGGGAGGCAUUUUUUCGGACUUGGAUAUAGGUGCAGCUCAGACUCGUUCGAAGUGCAAGAAGAGACUGCAAGACUUUCAAAACUAUGCCUUCCGGAUCGUGAACUCCACCUGGUUCAACGCUGCCUUUGCCGUUAUCAUCAUUACCAAUUCCUUGUACUUGGGAGCGCAGGUCGAAGUGAAUGCGGCCCACGAUGGGCUUUUUGUUCAUCCCGUCUUUGUGGUGAUCCAUAUGAUCUAUAUGGGUCUCUUUUCGAUUGAGAUCUUCUUUCGCUGCGCUGCCGUCGGUCCUCGCUCCUAUGUGUGUGGCUCUGGAUGGGCUUGGCACUGGCUAGACAUGGUCGCGGUGUUUUCAUCGUGGGUGGAGUUCGUGGUCGACUUUCUGGAUCAGAGUGGAACGUACUCCUCGGCCGCCAGCAAUUUUCGGAUUCUGAGAAUCUUCAGGAUCACUCGUUUGGUGAAGGUCUUACGUUCCUUGAGCCUGGUCCGUUUCAUUGGCGCGCUGCGGAUCCUGGUGCAUUCCAUCGCAGAUACCUUAAAGCCUCUGGGCUGGGCCUUGCUUCUGCUGAUUCUCAUUCAAUACACAUUCAGCAUCUUAUUUACCGACGCUGCACUCGACUUUAUCUCUGUGGCACCGCCCGGCGACGCCACAGCGGAAGACAUGCGGAUCUACUACGGCUCGGUCUACCAGUCCACGCAGACAUUGUUUAGAUCUUUGUUAGGUGGUUUGGAUUGGGCGGCGCCCGCGGAAGCCUUGAGCCCUUUAGGUAUUUUUUGGGUGCAGAUGUUCCAUUUGUACAUUGCUUUUUGCUCUCUGGCGGUUUUGAAUGUCAUGACAGGUGUCUUUUGCCACAGCGCCAUCAUGGCUGCGGAGCACGACCAUCAGAAGUUGAUUGAGAAUCGGAAGCGGUUCAGAGGAGUGCUCGAGGAGAUUUUCUACAAGAUGGAUGCGGGCGGUUUCGGGAAGAUCACCAUUUCGCAGUUCGAGAAGAUCUUCGAAGAUGAGGACAUGAAAGCCUUCUUCGAAGCGAUCGAGAUCGACGCGGUCGAUGCCUGGACGCUCUUUGAAAGCUUAGAUGUGGAUGGUGACUUCGUGGUGAGCAUCGAUGAGUUUGUGGAGCGGUGCAUGCAGCUCCAUGGCAGUGCCCGAUCGGUCGACUUGUAUGCCCUGAAGCAGCAAAGCUUUAAGAUGCGACAACAGAUGGACGAUCUGGAGGUGAUGCACAAGAAAAUGGCCAAACAUCUUCUCUUCCUCUCGCACAUCGGAAAGGCUGGACUGAGUAGCGAUGCUUUGGAGGCGCUGGUGCCGGGUGGAAGCGUCCAUGGCACGAUCUCCGCAAAUGCCUUGUCAGUCUAGAAUGGUGAUGGGUCCGAUGGGUCUUCAUCUUAUCCCGCUUCCUUUCUAGAAGUGACCGAAGGAAAGACGUACCAGUGAGAAAACAGUUUGUGAUCAGAAUUUCAUUUGCGACCAAAUCUGAUUUGCUUGUUUAGCCCCUGCCCUCUCUUAGAGAGGAGGGAGUCUGAGUCAGUCUGGGUUAGCGAAUCUGUCUGACCCUGCGUUCGAAGCUUCAGUGCUGCCCUGCACCGAGCUGAGAGCUUGAAGAAGUUUCUUGGCUCUGUCCAGUGUCUCGUGUGCCUUGAGCCAAAGAAAC